AUGGUUGCUACAUUAGGGGAUUAUGUUCCAGUUUUAUCAACUGUGCAAAAGUGGGCAGCUGAAUUCAAGAGGAGUAGGGAGAAUCUCAAAGAUAACCCCAGGCUCGGACGUCCUGCCAUAGCCACCACUCAAGAAAACAUUGACCGUGUUCACCACAUGGUGAUGAAUGACAGACGUUUAAAUGUUAAUCAGAUAGCUAAUGCUAUAGGCAUCUCCCGUGAACGAGUAGAGAACAUUCUGCAUAACGAACUUAGCACGCCAAAGGUUUCCAUUCGGUGGGUGCCACGACAUUUGACGCCUGAUCAAAAGUACACCAGGCAGGUCAUAUCGCAGGCGAACUUGGCACUUUUUGAAGCUAAUCCAGCAGGUUUUCUUGAACGCUUCCUCACCCAAGAUGAAUGUUGGGUUCACCACUUUCAGCCAGAGACCAAACGGCAGUCCGUUGCAGAGGGGAAACACCCGUCUUCUCCCCCACCAAGGGCAUUGUGGUCAUCGUCUACCCGCAGAAAGGCCAUACUAUAA